AUGGCCAUGUUCGCCCACUUCCCAACCCUCAAUCCGAGCUGUCAAAAGAACGCGGGCAAAGCCAAUGAAGAGGUGAGGAUGUUUAGGAACUGCUGUCCAGUUUCCUCGUUCCCGUCGAACGCAAAGAGCAGUGCUGCGCUGGUGUCGGUGGCCGUGUGCUGUCUGGUGGCGGUGACCCGACCCCGGGCCGUGCCGCUGGCCGCCCCCGCCGACACAGACGGCCGGAUCGGCGGCCGGCCCAUCGCCGAGCUGUGGGUGCCCAGCCGGCCGGCGCACGCCUGGUUCACCAACGCCCAAUGCCGGCCGCUGCUCACCCGCUUCACGUGCGACCAGUGUCUGCCGCUCGUCUACCUGGCGUCGUUCCCCAGGUCGGGGAACACCUGGCUCCGCUACCUGCUGGAGGCCUCCACGGGACUUGUCACCACAAACGGUCAUCCCGACUUCCGGACCUAUCGAAAUCAAACCUCGGACGGAAUCAUACUAAACGAGGAGCAGCUCUGGACUUGGCCAGUGGGGAAUAAGGAGCUCAUGAACUACGGCUAUGUUGGUGAAAGGAUCCCUUGGUCGCAAGGCGUAGGGAUUGUUUCAAAGACGCAUAUGUUGCCCGAACCGUGGAGCAGAGCGGAGGCCGAAAACGCACCCCAUGCUCUGUCGCCAUUCCCGGAAACCGUCCCGAGGCGAGCUGUGCUGCUGAUUCGCGACCCGUUCAAGGCCGUCAUUUCCCUGAGGAAAUAUGGGGAAACGCAAUCGAUUCUCAACGAAAAGGAUAUGUCGUAUCUUUUUCGGGGAAAGGGUUGGCGUAACUACUCCUCAUACUUAUCGCGCGUGUGGUUCAAAACCAACACACAGUGGCUGCAGGCAACCAACGAGACACAUGUGGUGCUCUAUGAGCGUCUGCGGCAGGACCCGAUGGGGGAGCUGCGCGCGCUGCUGCGCUUCCUGCAGGUGGAGCCGGACCGGCGGCGGCUGGAGUGUCUGCGCGGCGAGCUGGAGGGGAUCGCGCACAACCACCGGCACGGCGUGGUGCCAGACGGCGAGACGUACCCGCUGCGGGUGCGGGCCGAGCUCUGGAGCUACAUCCACCAGCUGCACUGGCUCCUCAGAGACAGAGGUUACCCGGGACUGCCCCUGCAACAGUACUCGUUUGCAGACGAGUUUAGCGAAAUAAAUAUACGGACGCAUUGAGCAUGAUGCAUGCGCUCAAUAUUUUCACCAAAAAUAAUUAGUCAUCAACAUGGCCUUGAUUCCGCCAAUGGCCAGCCCGUAGGCUAUAACGGCUCGCAAAAAGGUGUCCGAACUAGCUCGAAAACGAGCUGUGCAAUAUCCGAUGCGCGUCGCGCACUAGUUACCUAUAUGUGCGCCAGUGGAGUUAAGCUUCUCUCCGAUAUGCGAGUAGGUCAGUCAGACGAGGGUAUUAACGGCUGGCCAGCGCACAGAUAUUCGGAGGAAUCGAGCUACCCCCAUUGUAAGCCGGGGAGCGCAACUCGGUACCCAU